AAUCCGGGAGUACCAAGCCUGGUAAUCUUGUUUGGCGAAGGCCCCUCCUGAAAUGGAAUCUUAUAUGGAAUUCCGACCCGCCCUGUCGCUUCUUUUUGCAAAGCUGACUCGUACAGCUGGCAGUGCAGGAUGACUUACGAAGAGAAUCGGUACUGGAAAAAUGUGCUGACCAUCGUGCCCAUUGUCGGCGCCGCCCUGGCCACCCUGUCCUAUGUGCUACGGCUUUACUCCCGUCGCUUCACAACCGCCGGUCUGAAAGUGGAGGACUGGUUGAUGGGCGUUGGCUUGCUUCUGUCUUACUGCGCGACCGCAUUUGUUGUGGACACUGCAUUCAAUGGCGUCGGCUUACCGGUUAGCGAACUGCCGGCAGACGAGCGGCGACGGAUCCAAUUUGCUUCCUGGAUGAUCCAGAAGUUCUGGGCGCCUUCCGCCGCGUUUGUGAAGAUCUCAAUUGUGGUGUUCCUGAAGCGGCUGCUCGGGACUGUCCGCGCAUACGCCAUUGUCUCGAAUGUCCUCAUUGUAUUCAUUAGCUGUUGGGCUCUCACGGCUCUUCUGGUCAACAUCUUUCAGUGUCAUCCCGUCCAGUACUAUUACGACAAGGCACUCCAUGGACAUUGUAUGAGUGGGCAGCGACAAUUUUUCCAGGCGAUGGGAGCCAUCUCCUUGAUAGAGGACGUCAUUGUUUUGUGUCUGCCGACACCUAUUGUGUGGGGGCUGCAGAUUACCUUUCGACAGAAGUGUGCGGUGACGCUCGUGUUUUCUCUGGGUGGCUUGGUCUGCAUAUUCAGUUUGAUGCGUCUGAUUGAAUUCCGCACGUUCAUUACGACUGAUCUAGCUUCGUCGAGUGCCAAAGAAUCCGUCUGGACCUGUCUCGAACUCGAUAUCGCCAUAAUCUGCGGUUGUCUCCCACUGAUGAAACCCUUGAUCCAGGGCUUCCUGGGAAAGGUCCGAAGCGGUGUCUCCAAGGCCCGGUCCCAUCCAUCGUCCGGCACGAAGCUGUACUAUCCCUCGAGCGCCACACACAACAAUGAUGGGUUUCGACAGAUCGAUGACGUGUUGGGUUCACAGGCCUCCAAGAAUCCCCAUGUCAUGGCCAGUUCUAGUCGAUUGAGCUCGGAUGUUGAAUUGCAAGGCAUCGCGGUGCACACCCGGAUUGAGCAGGAUGUUGACCGCCCGCACACGGUAGACUCGGACGAGAUGACCCAUGGGCAUGCGUGGCCUUGAACCGUAUCCGUAUUCUGUCAAUUCUGAAUCCACAAUGGAUCCUCAAAGCUACGCAUAGCAUCCGCAGAGGUGGUCAAUCAGUGGCACGACCACCAUGCUCGGUCCGUUGCUCACGAAAGCCAUCGCUGUUCAGCAUCACAGUACCUCCGAGGGUUCUCUUCGCCCACCCGAUAUUCUUCGUGUGCGGGUUGACCUACGGCUCGACUUGGCUUCUGUUCGUCAAACGGAUCACGGGAGUUGAAUGUGGGCACGAGAAUUGGUCGCCGAAGCCUACUAUGCACCUGAAGCGGAUGUCAACGCCCGGGUUUAUGACCGGGCGCUACACGACCGGGACGAAUGCGUAUAGAUUGAUACAAUCCACCUAAUGCCGUCUAAUGCUUGAUGAAAUACCGCCACUAGAAUAAUUCAAUAAAUUACACAAGAGUCAAUUCAUGACGCGGGCUCGUU